AUGUCCCCCCGCGACCGUACCGCCGAGUUCCACUCGGCUCUCUCGAGUAUCCGCGCACGCACAGCCGUGCCAGCCAAGCGCGAUGCGGUAAAGGCACCCCUCCUGCCGCAGGGAGCUAGUGCGAGCAAGUCGGAAUUCGGGCGACUGGCAGGCAACAUCGCAAAGGACAUUAAUGCGACGACGCUCAAGUUGCAGAAACUAGCGCAGUUGGCCAAGCGCAAAACGCUCUUCGACGACCGGCCCAUCGAAAUCUCGGAACUGACCUACAUCAUCCGACAGGACAUUGCGUCGCUCAACACGCAAAUUGCCAGUUUGCAAGCCUAUGUCCGCGCACAGAAGGGCGGCAAGGGCAAGCAGCAGGUCGAGGAGCACAAUUCCAACGUCGUCAUGAUGCUCCAGUCGCGUCUGGCGAAUAUGGGCCUGGGCUUCAAGGACGUGCUUGAACUGCGUACGCAGAAUAUGAAGGCGAGCAAAGACCGGACAGAGCAGUUUAUGCACACGGCGAGUAAUGCGGCUGUGCUGCCGCCGGCGAAGGACUCUCUCCUCUUCUCGGGGAGCAGCACCCCAGGAGGAGCCGAAGACAGGAAGGGCAAGUCCCGAGCACCGCCAGACUCGGGCAACGACUUUCUCGCGCUCAACAUCGACGGACCACAGGGCGGCGACUAUAUGCAGACACAGCUGGUGGAACAGCAGGACAAUUAUAUCCAGUCCCGCUCGACUGCCAUCGAGAGCAUCGAGAGCACAAUCGCCGAGCUGGGCCAGAUCUUCUCGCAGCUUGCCAACAUGGUCGCAGAGCAACGCGAAACAGUACAGCGCAUCGACGCAGACGUCACAGACAUUUCCGCAAACGUGUCGGGCGCACAGCGCGAACUGCUCAAGUACUAUGCGAGCAUCAGCAGUAAUCGCUGGCUCAUGCUCAAGAUCUUCGGCGUGUUGAUCAUCUUCUUCCUCGUCUUCAUCCUGGUCUCAUAG